GAAACAUGUUUGUUACUGAUCAAUUAAAUCAUCGAAUUCAAAAAUUUUUAUUGAUGAAAAAUUCUUUUGGUAAGUUGAAUGAGAUCGAGAGCUGUGAAUCGAUAAACAGCAAAAGGAGACGAAGACGUCUCAAUGGAAAAAAACGAAAGAAAAUAAACAUGGUCGAUAAAGAUUUUAAUCAUAAUAUAUUUAAUUGCCAACUGCAGACAUACGUAUAAAUUUACAAUUUGAUUUUCCUUUAUAAUUAUCCUGUAGUAUUCUUUCUAUUUUUCUCAUUUUCAGCUCUUUCAUUCAAUCAACCAAAAUUUUCUACAACACCUACUUGGAAUUUCAAUGGAAUCACUGUUGCUAAUCAAUCGAUAGUUGGUCGAAUUCCUCGUGCCAUUUUUGUGGAUACAAACAACACUAUCUAUGUCGCGAAUCAAGAACAGGACACAAUUAUAGUAUGGCAUGAGGAGAGUAUUAAUCCAACAAAGAUCAUUUAUGGUAACUUCACACAUUCCUCUUCUCUCUUCGUGACAUCAAAUGGUGAUAUUUAUAUUGAUGAUGGUAUGGAGCAUGAUCGAGUGCAGAAAUGGAUAGCAGAAACAAAUAUCUUUGUCACGGUGAUGAAUGUUAGUUCACAAUGUGACGGUUUAUUUGUCGAUGUCAAUGAUGCUCUUUACUGUUCAAUGUCUUCUCGUCAUCAAAUAGUAAGAAGAUUGCUCAAUGAUUCUGUAAUGACUUCGAACCGUGUUGCUGCUGGAACGAAUACCCGAGGAGCAGCCUCGAAUGAACUUAAUCGUCCUGUUGGGAUCUUUGUAGAUAUCAACUUGGAUCUAUAUGUGGCAGACUGUGGAAACGAUCGCGUUCAGUUGUUUCAGCCAGAGGAAUUAAAUGGCAUCACAGUAGCUGGAAGUACAUCACUAAAUCCAACAAUUACACUUCGUUGUCCAAGUGGAAUUGUUUUAAAUGCUGAGAAGUAUUUAUUCAUUGCGGAUAUAGGCAACGAUCGAAUUGUUGGUUCAGACUUGAAUGGUUUUCGAUGUUUAGUUGGAUGUGAUGGAAUGGGUUCACAUUCUAAUCAAAUGAGUUAUCCAUUUAGUUUGAGUUUUGAUCGUUCUGGAAACAUGUUU